CCUACACUCUCCUCCUUAUUUAAGCACACAGCCUUCAACACCAGUCCAUACUCUCCAACUUCAUCUCUCUUGCUUUUAUCUUCCAUUCUAAUCCACACAUUAACAUGAACUAUCCAAGCGAUUGGCCCGAACCGGUUGUCCGGGUCCAAUCCUUGUCAGAAACCGGAGACACCGUCAUCCCAGACCGUUAUAUCAAACCGCCACUUGAACGGCCGUCUCCUUCGUUUAACACAGGAUCAUCAGACAACUUAAACAUCCCUUUGAUCGAUCUUCAUCUUUCUGACCACCCUACAAUCCAAAAGGCCACCAUGGAUGAAAUCUCUGUAGCAUGUCGUGAGUGGGGAUUUUUUCAGGUGGUAAAUCAUGGGAUUAGUCCUGAACUGGUGGACGGUGUUCGUGAAAUUUGGAGGGAAUUCUUUCAUCAACCGAUGGAAAUGAAGCAAGAUUAUGCAAACGCACCCACAACUUACGAAGGGUAUGGUAGCAGACUAGGGAUACAAAAGGGUGCAAUUCUUGAUUGGAGUGAUUACUUUUUCCUUCACUAUCUUCCUUCAAAUCUUAAAGAUCAUAACAAGUGGCCUUCACAACCACCUUUUCUAAGGGACAUGGUGGAGGAAUAUUCAAAGGAGAUUGUGAGGCUUGGUAAGAUUUUGCUGAAGGUGUUCUCGAUAAACCUUGGGUUAGAAGAAGAUUAUCUGCAAAAGGCAUUUGGUGAUGACGACAUAGGAGCAUGUUUGAGAGUGAACUUCUACCCGAAAUGCCCACAACCCGACUUGACCCUAGGAUUAUCCUCACAUUCGGACCCAGGUGGUAUGACUUUCUUACUUCCCGAUGAGAAUGUUACUGGGCUCCAGGUUCGAAAAGGUGGCGAGUGGAUCACAGUAAAACCCGCCCGACAUGCAAUGGUUGUUAACAUCGGAGAUCAAAUCCAGAUUUUAACCAAUGCGAUAUACAAAAGCGUGGAGCACAGGGUGAUAGUAAACCCAGAUAAAGAAAGAGUGUCGUUAGCCUACUUCUUCAAUCCCAAGUGUGAUGUACUUAUUGCACCUGCAUCAGAGCUCGUUACGUCGAAGACACCUGCCCUUUACCAAUCAAUGACUUAUGAUGAAUAUAGACGUUUUAUCCGAACUAAAGGCAUACAAGGAAAAUCCCAAGUCGAGUCUUUAAAAUUUCCAAAAUGAGUCAUUUUGUUUAACGAAUCUUGUUCUUAUGACUUUUUUCUUUUUUCAUGAUAAAAGGAUGUGUCCAUACAUAUUUGGGGCUCUACACAAAAGAAGAAAACGAGGCUAAAAUUAUAUAAAGGAUGAUGGUCUUUUUGUUUU